GGUGUGUUUCUUUUUUAAAUUCUUGCCGUGUUGGAACUAGCGAGUGGUGGAAGACGAGGGAUCUCUGAAGCCUCAUCAGUCAUCGGACUGUCAGGAAUAGUGGCUUAAGAGGAAGCUCGGCCUGGGGCACUAUACCCUGUCAUCCAGUUCCCUGCCUCGGAGAUAAAGACUCCAGCUACAUGGGCAAACGCCUGGAUCAGCCACAAAUGUACCCCCAGUACACUUACUACUAUCCUCACUAUCUCCAAACCAAGCAGUCCUAUGCACCAGCUCCCCACCCCAUGGCUCCUCCCAGCCCCAGCACAAACAGCACCAGCAACAGCAGCGGGGAACAGUUGAGUAAAACCAACCUGUACAUCCGAGGCCUUCCACCAGGCACCACUGACCAGGACCUAAUCAAGCUGUGCCAACCGUAUGGAAAAAUUGUAUCCACAAAGGCAAUUCUGGACAAAAACACAAAUCAGUGCAAAGGUUACGGUUUUGUAGAUUUUGACAGCCCUGCAGCUGCACAGAAGGCAGUAGCAUCUCUCAAGGCAAACGGCGUGCAGGCACAGAUGGCCAAGCAACAAGAGCAAGACCCAACCAACCUAUACAUCUCAAAUCUCCCCAUUUCUAUGGAUGAGCAGGAACUUGAAAAUAUGCUGAAACCCUUCGGACAUGUCAUUUCCACAAGAAUACUAAGAGAUGCUAAUGGAGUCAGCAGGGGCGUUGGCUUUGCCAGAAUGGAGUCUACUGAAAAAUGUGAAGUGGUAAUUCAACAUUUUAAUGGAAAAUAUCUGAAAACACCACCAGGCAUCCCAGCCCCUAGUGAGCCUUUACUGUGCAAAUUCGCUGAUGGAGGACAAAAGAAGCGACAGAAUCAAAGCAAAUACACCCAGAAUGGAAGGCCUUGGCCCAGGGAAGGAGAGGCUGGCAUGGCUCUGACCUAUGACCCCACAGCCGCCAUACAGAAUGGAUUUUAUUCUUCACCGUACAGUAUUGCAACCAACCGCAUGAUUCCACAGACAUCUAUCACGCCAUUCAUUGCUGCUUCCCCUGUCUCCACAUACCAGGUCCAGAGUACUUCAUGGAUGCCUCAUCCGCCAUACGUUAUGCAACCAACAGGUGCUGUGAUUACGCCAACAAUGGACCAUCCUAUGUCAAUGCAGCCAGCAAACAUGAUGGGCCCCCUGACACAACAGAUGAAUCAUCUUUCAUUGGGCACAACAGGAACGAUUCAGUCCCAAGACAGGAUUAUGAUACUCCACCAGCUGUUGUGUCAGUAUAUGACUGCUGCCGCGCCUAUGCAAGGGACCUACCUUCCCCAGUACACGCCUGUGCCUCCGACAGCUGUUUCUAUUGAAGGUGUUGUUGCUGAUACCUCUCCCCAGACAGUGGCACCUUCAUCCCAGGACACCAGUGGUCAGCAGCAACAGAUAGCAGUGGACACAUCCAACGAACAUGCACCUGCAUAUUCUUACCAACAGUCUAAGUAA